UGCUGGACAGGUGAGGAACGGACCAUGGGAUGAAGGGAGAUGGAAUAGGUGUGAGCGGGAUUGAUAGUGCAGAAAUAAGUGGUGUAGAUGAGAUGGAAGGUGUCAGUGAAAUUAAAAGUAAUGCGGAUGCAAUGAAACAUAAUAUUGUAGGUGUGAGUGAAACAAAAAAUAGUGAGGAUGUUAUGAUACAGGCGAUUGAUAGUGUAGAUGGUAAAAAGGUGCGUGAAAUGAAAGACGAUAUGAUGAACGUGAAUAUUGAAGUAAAAGAGGAAUAUAUGCAAGUAAAGAGGAUGAGAAUGGCAAAUAUGGAAGGUAUUGUGAGAGAUGGAAUGAAAGUGACGGAUGGGACAGUAGCAAGAAUUAAUAAUGUAAAAGGGAUGAAUGCGCUGGGUGUGAUUGAAAAAGGUAAUGAUAUGAAAGAAAAGCAAAUAGAAAAUAGUGAUGGUAUUGAUGUAGGAGCCAACCAAAUAGGAUUAGAGAAAAAAGGGACAGUGAAAUUGGCAACACCAGAAACAGUUGCAGAAAAGAAACCACCGACAGAGGUCAAAGUAGAGGCUAUAAACACCGAUACUGAUAUAAAACACGUCGACUUAGAACAAGCAGGUAUAGAAAGAUUAGCAAAAAUGGAGCGAUUAGCAGAAAACGAACGGCAAGCAAAGAUAAAACGAAGAGAAGAAUUAGAUCGCGUGGCAAGAUUGCAACGUAUACUGGCUCUUGUGCGUGCGCCUGAAUUGGACAGUGUGGCUAAGAUGAAACAAGUGAAUUUGGAUGAGAAAGAAAUAAAACGUGAUGAGGAUAUAAAUGUUUUAAAAGAGUUGAGUAUAAGUCCAGAGCUCAAUUCAAGUAUAGAUCGUUUGAGUGUAGAUGAAAAACAACUGACCAAAGUGGAAACAGUAAAUGAGGCACUGGCAAAUAAGAAACAAAUCGAGUAUGAAGGAAUAGCAAAGUUGGAGCGUAUGUCGAAAGAGGAACGCAUUUUAGAGAUACACCGUUUAGUGAAUUUAGAGCUUGAGGCAGAAGCUAAACUGAAAGCAGCAAUUGAACAUGCUGCACAAUUAGAACGAGAGGCUGAAUUAGAACGUGAGAUAAAAAUGAAAUAUUUAAGAGAAUUAAAUCUUAAAGCAGAGUUGGAGAAGGUAGAGAAAAAACGUUUGGCGGAAAUAGAGCGUCAAGAAAAGAUGAAACGAAAGGAAGAAUUAGAUCGCAUCUCGGAAAUAAAACAGGCAAAGUUGAAUCAAACUGUUGAGAUGAAACGUAAAGAGGAAAUUAAACUUUUGGUGGAAUUGGGUAUUUUGCCAAGACAUGAAGGUACUGAAAAGGAUAGUGUGAGAAAGUUGGAAUCAGAGGGAAAGGCAAACCUUAACCCAGAGAUCGAUAUUAAUUUAGUCAAAGAGGUCAAACCAAAAACAGAUGUGAAAGAGGAAGUUGCGGAUCCAGUGAAACGAACCAUUUCAAUAUUAGAAAUAAAAGAAGUGGACCCGAUUGUAGAUCUAGAAACAGGGGCUAAUGCAGAACAGACGACACAGAAAGAAAGUGAAUCAAUGAACGAAUUGAUAGAAGAUACACAAAAAGAAGCUAAUAAAAAUCAAGAAGCAGAAAGUAAGACAAAUAUAUAUAACGAGGCAAGAAAGAAACGUAGGGAGGAAUUAGAGCGUGUUGCAAGAUUACAACGCAUAAUAGCGACGGUACGCAAUGCAGAGCCAAAUGGCGUUACACAGGUAAAAAUUGAUGUCGAUGUAGAUAAUACACCGGAUUUGAAACACGCAGAAGAGAUGCAACUAUUAGAAGAGUUGGGUAUUGUGCCAAAGAAGCACGUGACACAGAAAGAGAGUGAGAUUGACGGACAUGUGGAAAAGUUAAAGGUACAACCAAACAAUUUAAAUUCAGUUAAACAGAUGCACCCAGAUUCGGAUGUAAAACAAGUUACAGAAGUAAAGGCGGAUGUGAACAUAAGCACUGAGCCAAAUGCAGAACAGUUGACUGAGAAACUGGCUGAAAUAAAAAUGGGAAAAGCAGUAGAGUCAGAAAGAGAGGCUAAAAUAAAACGUGCGGCAGAAAUGGAACGCAAGGCAAAAGCAAAACAUGAGGCAAAAAUAAAAAGGAGAGAAGAAUUAGAUCGCAUGGCAAAUUUGCAACGUGUUGCAGCGUUGGUAUCUAAUGAAGAGUUCGAUCAUGUUGCAAACAUGAAAGAAGCAGAAUUGAUACAAAUGAAGGAGAAUAAACGCGAAGAAGAUUUGAAAGUUCUAGAGGCAUUAGGUAUUGUGCCAAGAAAGGAAUCCACACAGACGGAAAGCGAGACGAAUUUAAAAACGGCAGAUAAAAAGGAGAUUUUAACAAAGACAGAGAAUACAACCGAUGUAAAAUUUAAAAUAGAUAAAGGUGGCGUUGAUUUUGGACCUGCAAAUGCAGAAAAAAUGCCAGAGCGUAUAGUAGAUAUGGAAACAAUGACAGAUAAAGAAAGAAAGGCUGUGAGGCAAGAUGUCGAAAGACGUAUAGUAGAGCUACGUGUAGUGCAGAUGAAACGCGUAGCAGAGCUAGGAAAAGAGAUGAAACAGUUGGCAAUGAUAGACGAAGACUUAAAAUCGAAGCACAAAAAUCUUAAGCAGAUGAGCAAAAAUGAGCAUAAAAACAAGGAUGUUACAGAUGAAUCUAAGCAGAUAAUAAAAGAUGAGUAUAAAAUCGAAGAUGCUAAUAAAUCUAAGCAAUUAGAAUCUAAACCGAUGGUAGUAACUGAGCGUAAUAUCAAUGUUACAGAUGUUAAACGCAUAAAAGAAAAACAAUUAGAUUUUAGUCUGGCAGAGAUCAAAGGUAUUAAACGUAAGGAGGAUGAGAAGCCUUUAGUAGAUUUAAACUCGGAGAAAGAAAAAGAUGUAAAAUGUAACGAAAAAAAUAUAUUUACAGAUUUCGAAACACCAGAGGUAAAACAAGAAAGGGUUGAAUCAUUAGGGAUGAAAAUUGAGAAAGGGUUGAAAUCAACGGCUGUGCCACCCUUGAUAGAAGUGAAGUCUGAACCAGUGAUGGAAUUAGUGGAGUUGAAACGUUCCAGUGAGAUGAAAGCGGGAGGAAUGGAGCGAGUGAGACGGCGCGAUUGUGAGUGGGAUGGACAAAUGAUGUAUGUAGGUAGAGAGCGCUUAUAAUAAUUUGCUAUCAUUGUUUCGAAAUUAAGCUACUUAUUUAUAGAGAGUUAAAGCUUAUAAUGGCGUGAAUAGGUUGACUGGUUAUUCGCUCUCCACUAUAGAGUUAGGUUAUUCUAACUAUAUUUAUGGUUAUAGUUGUUAUAUUAGUCAUAUUCAAAUAUUUGUAGCAUGUAAAACUUUGUACAAUUUUCUUCAAUUCUCACACAUGUAAUAAUAUUUAUAUGUUGUUGUUUUUGUUGUAAAUGAAAUUAAUGUAUAUGUAACUAGAUACGUAAGUACAUACCUAAUCUAAUCUAAUACCUUUAAACGAGCAAUUCUUGGAUAUCUAUAUAUAUUUCGGGGAUCUCGGAAACGGCUCUAACGAUUUCGAUAUAAUUUGCUAUAUGGGGGUUUUUGGGGGCAAUAAUUCGAUCUAGUCGUAUCUCUGGGAAAACGCGCAUUUUGAGGUUUUAUAUGUUGUUCGUAUAAGUAGGUAUAUGUAGUAUAUUUCCUAAAUACGAUGCCAUUGUAGAAAUAACUCUAUGUAUACUUGUAUUAUCUAUAGCACAUAUAAUUAAUAGGAUUAAUGACUAAUAAAAUUGUAAUAGGCUUUCAGUAAGUAUCGUUAAAAAUAAAAUAUAGAAUGUAGUCUAAUAUUUGCUUAUAAUGUAGAAUGUAUAGUAGAUUAUGCAUUAGAUAUAGGUAUCUUGUUGAAUAUUAAUAAAAAUGUAAAAAUAA